AUGGCUAUUAUGGAGACGAAUUCAACUGCACAGGUAUCUCAGUGUUUUAUUCCGUUUUCUCGACAGAGAUCUUAUAAAGUCUCACAUUCCCCAGAUCAAGCGAUUGUGGAAGAGGUGCAAUGCCUCGAUUAACUACAAUUAUUUCACCCAGACAUCGAUGGGUUGGUCCACCUUAUUAGGUUUUGGCUACAACUCAACUAAUUCAGAGACGCUGAAUUGUAACAACAACAACAUAACUUUAUUGUAAGAAUAAACUUAAUUAAUUACCCUGUCCCGCGGGUAGCAAAAGCUAAUCUAGGCGGAACAGAAGAACAACUGAGGGUUAGGGUUUAACUCUUUUAAAUAAAUAUUAUUAUAUAAAUAAAUUUUUAAUUCAGUGAUAUCAUUACAUAAAGACAGAGCCAAGGAAACGACAACGUUAGAGCUUCGAGAGAAAAGGCAGUGAAGCUUUGACCUAAACAUAAUUCUUUAGCCAGUCGAACAUUUUUAUGAUGAUAGGUGUUUCUAUAUAGUCAUUAUCUUGUACUAAAAUAUCUAAGAGAAGUCGGCGAACUUCUUUUUUAAAUUCCUUCUUGGGUAGAUUUCGCAAGCUACACAGUAUCUCAUUCCACAGAUUAAUUGUCAAGACCGGCUUUAACAAAAUUACAUGACCUUGUCACAAUCAUUCUCCGAUCAAGGUUUUCCAAAUUAAAAUGACUGUAAAAUGUUAAGUAAGGUAUUCAUCAAGAAAAUAUACGCUCGUGGAGUCUAUGUGAGCUUGAAAUGCGGGUAAAAAUACAAAAUACUUAAAAGCGAGUUAAACAAGCAGCAAGUGAGAUACAAAAAGCAUUUUAUUUGUUUCUUUCGCGAAAAGGAGCCUAAUAGUCACUCAAGUAUACUGCAUUCAGAGGGAAAACGUUUACUUUGAAUGCUCCGACAGUAAACGCAGGUCUUAAAGGGUUGACAAAAUUGUAUUACACUAAAACAAUAACAUGCUAAAUAGUUUUCUAUCGCGCGUGUGAAAAUUUAGAGGUCUUUAACCGCAUCAUGGAUAACACAAAUUGAUGCGAAAGCUUCGUAAUUACUUGUACACUUUCUUUUACUUUGAAGACCACGAUUUGUAAAAUUGUACUUUGAAUGGUACUCCAUUCAAUAAUCAGCCAACAUACGGUAAUAACACAUUAGCAAGGGGGCUUGAGUAUGGAAGCAACUACAAAGGGGAUUGGUUGAUUGGUACCUACGAGAAUCGGUCCGGUCCCAAUCGAUAAGGCUUCGUCCCAAUCACAUGCCUAGCGGAAUGCAAAAAGAUGGUCCCCAAUUCUCAAUGACGUCACCCAGUUUUCAGAUUACUGGAAAGUUCCUCACGUUCCUGAUUGGAGCAGGCUGCUAG